UUUUGUUAUUUAAUUUCAUUCAACAUUCUUCUCCGUUAAUGAAGUCAGGGUUUUAGAAUGGAUUGAAUGUUGGUGCUUACGUCUCAUUCUUGCUCAAGGAGAAGUGUUGCUUGCAUUAGUCAAAUUUCUCAGUGUUAUUUGUAACAGUAAAUGUGGGUGUGUCAGAACUGUGCUGAGGUUGUGAAGGAGUAGCUGGAAGAUCUGAGAAAGGGUUUUGUUGGUUUGAACUGAAGUAGUCCAGGAUGGCAGAGCGGGGUGUCUGCCGGCAAGUUAAAUUAUUCGGCUCUCUAGGAGAUAGCCCUGUUAAACAGUUGAAUGGCAAAAUCGAGGAAGAAUAUGAUGAAGAUGAUAAAAACCAUGUUUCAUGCCCGGAAGUAAAGAAGAGAAAGUGCCUUUUCUCCAGCCAUCUGAGAAAAGAAAAGACUGCCAGAUGUGGGAAACAAAGCCCAAGUAAUGGUGCUAACAAGGGAAAGAAAAACAAACAUAAAAAUUCUAUAGAGAGAUGGUCUGCUGAAAGGUAUAAUCUGGCUGAAGAAAGCAUGUUAGAGAUCAUGAAGGCUGAAGGGGCUGUGUAUGAGAAUCCAAUAUCUCGGCCUGCUUUGAGAAUGGCAGCCCGUAAACUUAUUGGUGAUACUGGGCUCUUGGACCAUCUGCUGAAGCACAUUGAUGGUAAGGUAGCACCUGGAGGUACUGAUAGGUUUCGGCGUUGUUACAACACUAGUGGAGUGAUGGAGUAUUGGCUAGAGAGUGCUGACCUGGCCAACAAGCGAAGGGAGGCUGGGGCUUCCCCAUUUUGGCAGAAACCUGACGGGGAUCCCUCUCAGGCUUCUGCGAGUGCUAUGGAACUCAAACUGCUUAAGGAAGAAAUGGCGAAAAUGAAGAGGGAUAUGCAGGAGCUGGUUUUCAAGCAGCAAGAGCAAGAUCAAGCUAAUUCAGUUGAGGAGAUGCAGAAAGAAAUGGUGAAAUGGAAAGGAAAGACAGAUAAACGCCUGUUGGAGUUUACAAGUUCAUUGAAUGGUAUGCAGAACAUGUGCAAAGAACUAAUGACAUGGAAAGCUAGAGUUGAGCAGCAGAUGCUGGAAAUUUCAGAUUCAUUGAGCAGUCUGCAGGCAUCAAAGCAAUGCACUAUCUUUAGUCCUUCAACUUCUGACAGAUGGGAAGAUUGGCUGGAGAGCACCAACCUGGACAAUUUUCAAGGGGGUAACUUGGGACCCUGGUUAGACAAUCCAGAGCUGAUUAAUUUCGGACAGGAUGUAGUUCAAGAUUCAGAUCUGGCCCCACUAGCAUGGCAACGACCUUGCCAUAACCCCUUUGAAAACCCCGUUUGUGCUCAAGACUUGGAUAUGAUUAAUGAAGAGAUGGAUAAAAUAAUGAGCUCUGUGCAGGAUAUAGGAGUUCCUAGGAGGCAAGGGGAAGAUCAAGCUAAUGUGACACCAGAUUCAUCUGUAACUGCCAAUUCAAAGAUGGAUUCCGAUAAUUCGUUGCUUCUGGUUCAGGAAAUGUUGAAGGACUUGGUGAAGUGGAAAGCUAAAACUAAGCAGCAGCUGACAGAUAUUUCGAGUGUAGUUAGUGUUCUGCAGAAAUCGAGGCAGUAAAUUCUCUUCUUUGUCUUUUCCAACUUUCUGUGAGUGGAGAAAAUAUGUUUGAAUCCCCCGAUAUGCCCCCUUCCGUCUUUUUCUUCUCUGUUU